AUGUCUGCAACAACACGGCUACCCGCCGCAAUACUCGGCACACUCCGCGCCAGCACAUCCAAGUCGGCACCAGCCUUCAGACAACGGUGCGCCUACCAUUCGUACGACUACGCUCAGCCGCCGCCGUUUCCGCCCGCCGAGACCAAGAUCCUGUCUUCUGCCUACACACACGUCCCAGACCAUGGCUUCACGAUCGAUGCGCUGAAGCUGGGCGCACGAGAUGCAGGCUAUCUGGAUGCAUCGACGAACCUGUUCCCGCGAGGCGUAUUCGAUCUGAUCAACUAUCACCUCGUUACACAACGGCUGGCGCUCAAAGACUCGGUGCAGUUUCCAGAGGCCAAGGAGGGCAAGACGAUCGGGAUAGGGAGCAAAGUCAGAUCUCUGGCGCUGGCGCGGUUGAGAGCGAAUGAGCCAAUUCUGCAUCGGUGGCAGGAGGCAUUAGCUGUCAUGGCACAACCGACGUAUAUCUCGCCCUCUCUCCACGAACUUGCGGCUCUCGCAGACGAAAUAUGGUUUCUCGCCGGCGACCAGAGCGUGGAUACGAGCUGGUAUACCAAGCGCGCUACACUGUCGACCAUCUAUUCCGCGACCGAGGUGUUCAUGACGCAGGACGCAUCGAAGGACUUCGUUGAGACAGAGCAGUUCCUAGACAACAGGCUACAGGACCUACAGUCCGUGGGAGGCUUCAUGAGCAAGUUGGGCGAGUGGGUGAACUACACGGGUCACAGCACUAUCAAUGUGAUGAGGAGCAAGGGCAUGAGGAUAUAA